AACGUGCAAUUGAAAAAAUCGACUUUACAGUGAAGUCAGUUUGUCUAAACACGAAGUCGAUGUAAGCGGGUAACUCGAGUUUUGGUCCCCUAAAAAGCUUCAUAUUUUUGACAUGACUCGAAUUCAGUUUGAAGUGGCACAGUUUCACAGGUAGAUUCAACUAUUUGUGUGCUUUAAUGCUUCACAAAUGUUCACCAGCUUGGGUUACUGCAGUUAUAUCAAUUAACUUCGUGCCCCGUAGAGUGGCUAGAUUUCACUGAAACAAGCGAUUUCGCAAGCAGUCCUUUGAAAAUUUGCGGAUGUCAAGUGGUCAAGUGCACGCUUUUUUUGCUCGCUAAUCACAGCGGGAAGCCAUGCUAUCAUCAUCGUCAUGCUACUAGCCACUUCAAGCCAAGCGCGGGUUUUCUCUAGCACAAAAGAAGCCGCAGUGCGUGGUUUCUGGCGGUAAAUACAGUUCGCAAUUCCCUGUUCCCGUGCUCGAAAAACUUAGGUAAACGCUGUCUUCAAAAGCUUAUUCUCUGCGAAGGUUACAGCAGAUGUUAUGUAAGCGAAGCGGCCAUCUCGUGAAAUGUUAAAAUAUAGUUUAAAUGUACUCCUCGCGCACUACAAUUUGCGUCUGACAUCGUGAAGCGGUCGCUGUGAGCAGCUGAAGUAUCCGCAUGAGUUUGUGUAGCUUGUCCAUGGAUACUCCGCACUUGUUCUUGAAAUGAACUACAACUCUUGGAACAACCGCGGCCGUGGGCGGUUCCGACGCCGGGCUGGCGGCUCAAGGUUCGCUCCUCACAGACGGCGUAUCGUUGACCGAGAAGCCUCGGACGGCAGUCAAGGCGACGAUCAAGCCCCUUCAUCUUCUCCUGAAGUUGGGAACCACUCAAACCGCCGUCGCGCGUCUGUUCAGUCGCCGUACCCCGGAUGGACUUUCUACUUCCCUGACGAAGACUACCCUCCCGACUCGAGCGUAUCGCAGAGGCUUAAGCUUCUAGAGGCGUAUUUCGCCGAGAGGGUGUCCAAGUUUGCGGGACCCACGGGUCUUGUCGACCGGUCUCGAAGCUCGUACGAAGUCCGUGUAGACCAAAUCGCGGACGAUUCCGGCGUCAAGGAGGAAUGGCCGGAUUUCAAGGAGUCCCUGAAGUGCCGCCCUCACGACGUUCUCAAACUGCUGGGCCUUGCAUUGCACCAGACACUGACGAAGCAUGAGCAACAACAAGUGGACGCUUGCAUAGAUGACCCAUUGCCCGAGUUGACCAUUCGCAUCGCUGGGUUUGGGCCUUUGACACCUCUGCGUGACGUCCGCAGCAUGACUUGCGGCCGCAUGGUGGCCGUUCGAGGCACGGUGGUUCGUGCAAGCGAAGUUAAGCCGCAGUACCGUGUGUUUGGCUUCUGUUGUUCUGGUUGCGGCACUCAGCAAGCCGUUGUGCAGCCUGGUGGCUACUUUACAGUGCCCACCAGCUGCCCAGAGAGGGGUUGCCGAUCCAAGAUCUUCCAGGAACAGGUGACAUCGCCCUUGACCCAGCUCAUUGACUGGCAGUCGCUGAGACUUCAGGAGUCAGAAGAGGGUACAGAAGGUGGUCGCAUACCACGCAUCAUCGACUGCGAACUGACUGACGACCUCGUUGGGUCGGCUGUCCCCGGUGACAUGGUUACUGUGACGGGUAUUGUGGAGCUUGCACGCUGUGACGGUCCUUCAAACUCGACCGGUCCUGUUGACUGUUACUUGGUGGCAAAUCAUGUGCUUGGCGAUCAACGUGAGUCGGACACGACUGCGACUCCGUCAGGACCUGACCUCGGUCGUCUGGACUACUAUGCCAUCGAGGCGAUCCACGACAAGCCGGACUUGUUUCGCCUCCUGGUGAACUCCCUGUGCCCUGCCAUUUAUGGCCAUGAGGUCGUGAAGGCCGGCUUGUUGCUAGCUCUCUUCGGUGGAGUGAGACGGUACUCGGAUGAUCCUGACCACGUGCCCGUGCGCGGCGACCCACACGUUUUGGUGGUGGGUGAUCCUGGGCUGGGAAAGAGUCAGCUACUGCAUGCCUGCGCGAGAGUUGCGCCCAGGGGAGUCUUCGUGUGUGGCAACACUGCCUCCAUAGCGGGCCUCACCGUCUCCGUUGGUCGUGGCUCGGUAGGCGAAGCCUCACUCGAAGCUGGGGCCCUAGUCCUCGCCGACAGGGGGUGCUGCUGCAUUGAUGAGCUGGACAAGAUGUCGACAGCGCAAGGGGCCCUGCUGGAGGCCAUGGAGCAGCAGUGCGUGAGCAUAGCCAAGGCCGAGCUGACGGUGUCGCUGCCCGCAAGGGCUGGCGUGCUGGCAGCCGCGAACCCAGUUGGAGGCCACUACAACCGUGCGAAGACGGUGGCUGAGAACCUCCGCAUGGGCAGUGCACUGCUCUCACGCUUCGACCUAGUCUUCAUGUUGCUGGAUCAGCCGAAUGCUGAUCUUGACCGGCGCCUGUCCGAGCACGUCAUGUCAAUGCACUUGAAGAAACCCACUUCACGGUCAUCAUGCCAGCAGCUAAUGGAGGAGGCAGGUGACACUCAGGCAUCGGCCACUCUUUCUCAGACGCCGCAGUCAAAAUCGCUUACGGAGCGACUCCGUGGGCCCGUCUUGGAGCCUGUUUCAGCUCCACUGCUGCGAAAGUACAUCACAUAUGCACGUCAAUACGUCCAGCCAACAUUGAGCAGUGAGUGCGCAGCACACUUGCAGAAGUUCUACCUUCACCUGCGCGGAGUUCGGCAAGCCGACUGCGUACCCAUAACCACCCGCCAGCUUGAGUCCUUAAUACGGCUGACCCAGGCUCGGGCCCGGCUAGAACUACGGGAAGAAUGCACGGCUCAGGAUGCCCUUGACGUCAUUGAGCUCAUGAGGCACAGCAUCGCGGAUACUCAGAGUGACGGGCUGGGUUCAGUGGACUUUAGGCGCUCUCAGCACGGUUCUGGUAUGAGCAAACCGGCUCAGGCGCGAGCCCUGGUGAGUGUGCUCACCAAGGAGUCGCAGCGGACGGGCAACCGCAUCUUCACCACGAGCGAGUUGAGGACGAUGGCGGAGCAGCGGUGCGGCAUACUGUCAUCAUCGGUGCGUGUCAUCAUUGAUGCUUUGAAUGACCAGGGCUUUCUCCUCAAGAAAGGCUCGGGCCGAUAUCAGCUUCAAACCACCGAUUUCUAGUGGGAAUCAGCCAUUAACACUUUAACUGCCAGUAAAAAAAAUUACGAAAAUGCAGAUUUUCCUUUUUCUUUUUCUGCCUGCACUUUUUGCCAUGUUCUUCAAAAAAAUUAGGAUACCAGGAAUGCCUAUAGCGCUUUUGCUGCUCUUGUUGAAGAAAAUAGCAAGAGACGUGUGUUAUUUAUUUAUGUGUGAAAGUUACAAAAUAGAGUAACAUUUGUCACGAUGAGUUGACUCGUCAUUGGCAGUUAAUGGGUCAACACGCUUGCAAGUAUUGGCAGUCCAAAAGUAAUAGAAAUAAUAAUUCAGUAACUCGGAAAGUGUGGAUAGAGCACGAUGCAGUUAUUGCAGAAAUGCGCUGAAUCAUAUGGUAUUUUUUGUAAGGAUGAGACAUUUUAUUGCCAGAAUAGGCAGUUACAUUUGCGAACAGCAGGCAGUGCUUCUGUUGUGGUAGUAGCUUGUACAAUGGCACAACAGCAUCACUUCUAUGCUAUAAAUGUAGCUAUUCCAGCAAUGAAAUGCUUCAUUAUUUAAAAAAGAUCCCAUGUUUUUCUGCACAUUUCUGUGAAAAACUUCUAGUCUACUUUCCAUACUAUUCGAGUGAUUGAAUAUUUACUUUUGUUACUUUUGGGGAAACCGGUGA